AUGGACUCGGCGCCAGCCUUCGCCAUGGACAAGCCGUUCGCCCCCGGCGCCGUGCGCGGCCCGGAGCCGCCCGAAAACCCUCAGAGCCGGAAAAACUUCAGCGUGAGCCACCUCCUCGACCUGGAGGAGGUGGCGGCCGGUAUGAACGGGACCCCCGCGGCCGGUCCCCCGCCCGCCGGUGGCGGCAAGGCCAUCCCGGAGCCGUCGGGAGGCAGCAGCGGCAGCGAGGCAGCGCCCCAGGACGGUGAGAGCCUGAGCCCGAGCCGUGGGGCGGCCAAGAGGAAGAAGAAGCAGCGGAGGAACCGCACCACCUUCAACAGCAGCCAGCUGCAGGCUCUGGAGAGGGUCUUCGAGAGGACGCACUACCCCGACGCCUUCGUGCGGGAGGAGCUGGCGAGGAGGGUCAACCUCAGCGAGGCGAGAGUCCAGGUCUGGUUUCAGAACCGGAGGGCCAAGUUUCGCCGUAACGAGAGGGCCAUGCUGGCCAACAGAUCAGCAUCACUCCUCAAAUCCUACAGCCAAGAGGCAGCCAUUGAGCAGCCCAUGGCACCACGACCCACCGCACUGACCCCGGAGUAUCUCUCUUGGACCAGCACCUCCCCGUACAGCACUGUGCCCUCCUACAGCUCCAGCGGGACCGCGACGCCCACCCAAGGGGUGAACAUGGCCAACAGCAUCGCCAGCCUGCGCCUCAAAGCCAAAGAGUUCAGCCUCCACCAGAACCAGGUGCCGACCGUGAACUGACCAGGGCAAAGCCCGCCCCGUGGCCUCAUCCAGGGUACAACGUGGAGCUCCUGUGCUGGCCCAGGACGAAUCCACCACCUGCCCAACACGUCACUCAUCCAAUGUCUCAGCACCUCUUCUCUCCUCUCCCCUUCCCUUUUGAAGGUAGAGUCAGUCCCCAGGCCGAAGUGGCACAUAAUUAUAGCCACAUAUGGAGCAAACUUGGUUAGAAACUUGCUUUUCCGCACACCCUUAUAAUAACGGCUAUAUAUACACACACAUACCCCCCACGCGCUCUUCGAGGACAAACAGACUUGCCAAGGGAACAAGAAUUUGCUUCCAAACAUGGAAGGAUCUUGGACUAUUGGAUUUGACCAAUUUGG